AUGCAAAAACCGGAUAACAGUAAAUUUUUUAUUUUGCCCUGCACAGGAGUCACAGAAAAUGGCAAGUUCUUUUACUUCCAUAGGCAGGAUGUUAUAAAAAAAGUGAUACAGCAUAGAACAGACAAUGUCAGCUCCUUUCUUAGCAAUAGAUUGUAGGUAUAAAACAUAGAAUUCGAGUUUGACAGAAUGUGGAUGUUAAAACUGAUGAAAUUUAGUCGGAGCUUAUAGUAAACAUCAUUUGUGGUGAUAUUUGGACAGGGCAAGUUUUUUUGGUAAUCCAUCGUGAUACUUUCGAUAGCGUGGAACUUCGAGGUACGUUUGCGGUAAGUUCUCUUUAGACUGUAAAAUCGCUCACUCCUUUCUUGAUGUAGUGUCUUCUCAAGUAUCUUUUUCGGCGGUAAGUGAAGAUAUAUCAGCACAUACUACAAGUAUCUUUUCGUGGAUAACCGAGCGAUAUAUUGAAGCUGUUUUCAAAGAUUUCAGGUAGGUACGGCCGAUGCAAUGCCGCUUUUCCAUAUGGACUGAUGCCGUUUUUCCAUACACCCACAUGUCUCUGCAAGAAGUAUGGUUUCGGGACAGUUUUGUCUGAAUAUUGCAAAGAAGUAUUAGGUGAUUUAACAGCAAGUAAAGGAAUGUCAAAGUGCCAGUUUGUGACAAUACCAAUUUCAAAGAUUUUAAUAGGAUAGAUAAUUCAUAGGAAUCAUAAUAAGAACAAGGAGUACCCAACAACAAACAGUUUGUAAAGAAGAGACUUAUAAUUGUAAGGGAGUACUGCUUGGGUUAGAGCAGGAAAGAAAGCAGACAGUUUUAAAAUAAUUAGCAUGGAGGUUAGAACUCCAUGAAAUUUAUGCUUUGCAGUCCGAUUCUAGCUUGGCCAGCCUUCUCCGAAGUUCCUCAGGUUCAAUGGGGCCAUCCUCCCUGAAGCCCUCUGAUGAUACGAUGGAGUUUAGACUUGAUGUAGACCCUUGAUGGGAGCGACCUCUUAUAGAUUCUAUUUUCUGGACUGUAGAAGAUGUAAUUUUAGCUGUAAGUUUGGACAAAUCGCUGCCUGUCUCUUCGCGAAUCUUGUUUUUUAGGGAUGCAAACAUAUUUGUAGUAAUUUCGCUUGGUUAAACCCUGGACAUUAUGUAGAUAUACACUUUAAUAAUACUGUUAUGGCGUUAGCACAUAUUUGGUAUAGUAGUAAGAUCGAAGUACGCUUAUAUGUUUAUGCAGUUAAUAAGUAAAUGCAAAUUUUAACACGUA